AUGUCAAAUAAAUAGCUUUAACAUUAGAAUAGCUUUGAGUAAAACUAUUAAUAAGGUGCAUAAAAGAGAAGCCUAUGGACUUUAAAUGUUAGAUAAUAAAAAAUAAAUAUGGAUGAUUAUAUCUAUUCUUCUUAAUCUAUUUAAAGUAAUAUGAACAUAAAGUCAAAUAAUAAUCAUUUAGAAAGCAAUAGCUUUUCAAAGGAUACCUCAUAAGUUGAUUUAAGUUAAAUAGUGACUGAUAGUUACAACUCAAAAAGAUAAUAGAAUUUUGUUUAAGGGUAAUCAUAGGAUAACAAAAUUUAUGUUUCAUAAUAGUUAGGAUCUACAAUCUAAGACAAGUAGAAUUAAAAAAGCCAAUCAGAAAGUCUUUAUGAGCAGAAAACGAUUAUAAUUUAAAAUGAAAAAAAAGAAUAAGUAAUUCAUGAAUAAGACGAUUGUACUUCUAUUUAUUCAAAAAAAUUAACAAGUAAACAAAACAUCGAAGACAGUGUUAAUAAGGGAUAAUGCUUAUUUGAGAGGUUAGGUAUAAAAGGCAAAUUAACACUAUCAUAAAGUUUGGCUCUUUUCUUCAAUAUUCACCGCUUUGUUAAGAAGGUAAAAAGCACUGAAAAUAAUAAUUUCAGAAACCUAACUCUCUCUUAGCAUAAGUACAUCAAUGAUAUAUCAUCUAAUUAUAGUUAUUUCUUACACAACAAUAAGUUUAGAAUGACUCCUACAUUUUUUGAGCAAUGGAAGUACAAAAUAUCUUAGCUUGAUUUAACAAAGAGACUUUCUUCUAGCUGUUUGGGUAGACUUUUAAUCAAAUUUGCUAAAAAGUUAGACUUUGUAAUUUUGCCAAAUUCUACUUUUUAUACUGUCUUUAGUGUUAUUAUGUUUGUAGUAAUACUCAGAAUUAUUAUUUUUAUUCCCAUAUUUCUCUCUUAACAAGAAAUAACUGAAAAAGAUUAUGAAGGAUCGAGUUAUAUUUGGUUUAAUAUUCUUUCAUGCUUAUGUUUUUGCCUCGAAAUCUUAUUUAAGCUCAACACUGCAAUUUAUAUCAGGGGAGAACUUAUUUGCAGAAGAAGGAAAAUAUUUAAGCAUUUGAUGAAAUCUAAACAGUUAAUAUUAGAUAUUUUUUUAACUACUAUCAUCAUAUUUAUUAGUGCUUAUUAAAUGAAUUACAUUUCAUUUUUAUUGCUCUUAAAAGUGAAAGAUUUGCAGUAAACUCUCAUGCAAUUAGAAUUAAAAUAUUAAUUAAAAGGUAACUUAUAAGCUUUGAUAGAAAUGAUUAAACUUAUCUUUGUAAUUUUGUUUAUGGCUCAUAUUGUUGCUUGUGGAGCUAUGUUUAUACAAAAAAUAGAGAUAUCUCUUGGAAACAAUAAUGCUUGGUUUGCAUCACAUUUAUCAGAAUCAUGGCUUGAUAAAUAUAUCAACGCUUUUUAUUGGUCUAUUGUUACUAUGGUUACUCUAGGUUAUGGUGAUAUAGUUCCAAUUACACUCAAUGAAAAAUUGUACGCAAUUGGAGUGGCUUUAGUAGGUUGCUUUAUACUUUCUUAUUCUAUGAACUAAGUUGGUGAAAUAUUGAAUGGAUUGGCCAAAUCAAGCACACUUUUUAAAGAGAAAUUGCAACAAUUAAAUAACUACUUUAGUAAGAAUUACAUAGAAAGAGACUUGUAACUUAAAGUCAUAAAAUACUACGAGUAUCUUUAAUAUGAAGAUUAGGAAUGCAUAAAUGAGGGUUAUAAGCUUAUUCAUUAACUACCAGAUUAAUUGAAAAAAGAAAUUUAGUCUAAAUUAUAUCAAAAUUUAUUUUUAAAUAAGAAAUUCUUUUCUCUUAAUUUUAGCAAAGAAUUUCUUCACAGUUUGUCUCUUAAAAUCCAAGAAGAUGUACUCCACCCUAGAUAAGUUUUAUACCAAAAAAAUGAAUAUCCUUAAAGACUGUACUUUAUAUUGAACGGAAAAAUUGAAAUAUUUUUUGAUGCCACAGACAAAAAAAAAUCUUUUUAAGUCAGAAAAAUAAAAAAUAAAGGAGAAAUGAUUGGCGAAGUCGAAUUUUUUAGUAAUUACUAAUACGAGCUAAGUGCAAAAUCAAUGUCUGUAGCUAAUUUGGCUUUUAUUGAAAAAGAAGAUUUUCUACAAGAACUUUAUAAAUACCCAACUGAUUAUGAAAAAUUUAAAAUGAUUUAAGAUCAACUUUGUUUUAAAUUGUACUAAAAAACUGGGUUCAUGUGUUAAAGUUGCUUUUCUUUUAAGCAUAGAUUGAACUAGUGUCCAUAUAUCUUAUACUAAUCUCCUAAAGAAAGAAUAAUCAGUCUACAUUUGAAAAGUUAAGGUGUAAAUCACCGAUAAUCAUUUUAAAGAACUAAACUUAAAUCUGCAAAUACAAGAUCAAUUUUAAUGGUUAUUAAAUAAGACGCUGAAAUACUGGUGCAGUCUUUACUAUUUUCAUAAAAUGAAAUUAUACUUUCUAAAGGAGAUGUUUAACAAUAAACUUAAAAACCUUUCACUAGCAGCUUAAAUUGUAAUAGCAGCAAUUAUAUUGGCACAAAAGGAAAAAAGAGGAAGGAGUCUUAAAACCUAACUAUUUAUUUAAAUGAAGAUCCUCAUUAAAUUACUAGAAGAAAAAUGAAAGCUAAGCUAACUUGUAUAAUGAAUUAAGUAGAUUCUGCAAAUGAAGGCUUAAAUAAGAUACCUAAAAAUAAUAAUUUUCAAAGUUAAGCACUUCUAAAAUACCAAGAGUCUGAACUAACAUCCUCUAAAGGGAUAUUACCGGAAAACGAUAAUAACUAAUUUUUUUCAUAAUAUUAGUAAUAAAAAGAAUAAGCGGACAUAUAAAUUGAAGAGAAAGAUGAGACUUCAAUAAAUAGUAAAUUAAUAGAAUAAAAUCUAGGAUCCUAAAACUGUAAAUUGGAAGAAUAAUAAAUAUACAAAAAGCGUAAAGUUUCCUAUUAAUAUAAUGAUGAUAAACCUAUUUAUUAAACUUAAGAUGAUUAAAAAACAAGCUUAAAAAUAAUAGAAACAAAUAAAUAGACUUCUAACAACAUUCUAUCUUAAAUCAUUAUAGAAAACUCUUAAAGAACUUUACUAUUUGAAUAAGAAACUUUGAAUGAGUAGUUAACAAAGCAGAUAAGCAUAUAGCAUUUUGAUUUAAUUCAUUUUGACUAAGGAAAAGAUUAUUUGAUAUACUUUCCGCACAACAAUUUAACAAAAGUGCUUGCUUAAAUAGAUUAGAUAAGAAAAUAAAAAAUGCAAAAUAUCUUAAAAGCCAAAGUUAAAAAAUAAAAUACAAAAAAAAUAGGCAAGAUAGAGCAUAGAAAGAGAAAAUCUGUUUUCAAAUAGAUUAAAAUAGAGUCAUUUUCUCUUUAAAGAGAUAAAAAGUAAAUAUGA